AUGGAUCCUCCCCCUGAGACCUACUCGGUCUAUCAUUACGAUGAAGUUCCUGAAAAUAAGUCAUGGGCUUCCACUCUCCCAGUAAAACAAGGUCUCUACGAUCCUUCUCUCGAGAAAGAUAACUGUGGUGUUGGUUUUGCAUGCCAUAUUAAAGGAAAAUCCUCGCAUCAAAUCAUUUCAGAGGCCAAAUACCUUCUUUGUAACAUGACCCAUCGUGGUGCCGUUGGUGCUGAUGCACGAGACGGUGAUGGUGCUGGUGUAAUGACCUCUAUGCCCGACAAAUUUAUGCAACGUGAGUUCAAAUACCGCUACAAUAUCGAAUUACCUCCUGCAGGUCAGUAUGCCGUCGGUAACCUUUUUUUUAAGAAAGAUGAUGCCAUUUUCAUCAAGUCUAAGGCCACUUUUGAGUCUAUUGCUGAAUCUCAGGAUCUUAAAGUCUUGGGAUGGCGUGAGGUUCCAGUGGACUCCUCUUUACUUGGUCCUGCCUCUCUUUCUCGUGAGCCAAAAAUUCUUCAGCCUGCCGUGGUGAUGCAGAAUGUAUCUGACCCAUUUGAUGCGGCAGAAUUCGAGAAAAGACUCUACAUCUUGCGUAAGCAGGCCACCCACACAAUUGGCUUGCACAAUUGGUUUUAUAUCUGCUCUCUUUCCAGCAAAAAUAUUGUUUAUAAAGGACAAUUGGUUCCACCACAGGUUUACUCAUACUACCAUGACUUGGUUAAUGUGGACUAUGAGUGUCACUUUGCCUUAGUCCAUUCCCGUUUUUCCACAAACACUUUCCCAUCUUGGGAUAGAGCUCAGCCUCUUCGUUGGGUUGCCCACAACGGCGAGAUCAAUACUCUACGUGGUAACAAAAACUGGAUGAGAGCUAGAGAGGGCGUCAUGAAAUCUAAGCUCUUUGGUGAUGAAUUGGAUAAGCUAUAUCCAAUCAUUGAGGAAGGUGGUUCUGAUUCUGCUGCUUUGGAUAACGUUUUGGAGUUGCUUGUCAUUAAUGGUGUUCUUUCCUUACCCGAAGCUAUCAUGCUUCUUGUUCCAGAGGCAUGGCAACACAACGAUCACCUAGAUCCCCGUAAGAAGGCUUUCUACGAAUGGGCAGCCUGUCUAAUGGAACCAUGGGAUGGUCCUGCAUUGUUUGUAUUCGCUGACGGUCGUUUUUGCGGUGCUAAUUUGGAUAGAAAUGGUCUUAGGCCUUGCCGUUAUUACAUUACUUCUGAUGAUGUCAUGGUGUGCGCUUCGGAGGUUGGUGUCGUUCCAGUUGAAUCUUCUAAAGUGGUUCAGAAAGGUCGUCUUCAGCCGGGAAGAAUGCUUCUUGUUGAUACUGAGGAGGGAAGAAUUGUCGAUGAUAGAGAAUUGAAGAAGCAGGUUGCCUCCAGAUUCGAUUUCAAAGCUUGGAUUCUUUCCAACAUGAUGACCAUGCCUGAAUUAUGCGAAAAAUUACACAACAAGGGAGUUUCAAUCGAAAUACCUGUCGAUUAUUCUCUUAAGCCUGAUAGCGAUCCCAGAAUGAAAGCAUUUGGCUACACAUUGGAACAAGUUCUAAUUUUGUUGGGUCCUAUGGCCAUCAAGGGUAAGGAAAAUCUUGGCUCCAUGGGCAACGAUGCUGCUUUGGCUUGCCUUUCUGAGCAACCUCAACUUAUCUAUGAGUAUUUCCGUGAGUUAUUUGCCCAGGUUACUAAUCCUCCUAUUGAUCCAAUUAGAGAGCGUAUUGUUAUGUCUCUCGAAUGCUACGUUGGACCCCAGGGUAACCUAUUGGAGAUGACUCCUUCACAAUGUAACAGACUCAAGCUGAAAUCUCCAAUUCUUACAAAUUCACAACUUCAGGCAAUCAAAGAAAUUUCUAAGGUCUACCCUAAAUGGUCAGUCAGAGAAGUUGACAUUACAUUCCCUGUCUCCGAGGGUCUAACGGGCUACACAGACGCUAUUGAUCGUGUUUGCCAGGAAGCUACGCAAGCCAUUAUUGACAAUAACCAGGUCAUUAUUCUUUCAGACAGAGCCAUCUCUGCUGACAAAGUGCCUCUCUCGGCCCUUGUGGCUGCUGGUGCCGUCCACCACCACCUUGUUCGCCAAAAGCAGCGCUCUAGGGUGGCUAUUAUUGUGGAGACAGCUGAAGCACGCGAAGUUCAUCACUUCUGUUGUUUAGUUGGUUACGGUGCUGAUGCCGUUAAUCCGUACUUGGCUAUGGACACAAUUUGCAAGCUCAAUAAGGAUGGUCUUUUGGCUGGUAAGAUGUCUCAGGAAACUGUUCUUGCCAAUUACAAACAUGCCAUUGAUGAUGGUAUCAUGAAGGUCAUGUCUAAAAUGGGUAUUUCUACCUUGGCUUCGUAUAAAGGUGCUCAGAUUUUUGAGAUCUUGGGUAUCGACAAUAGCGUGGUUGACCGAUGCUUUGCUGGUACCGCCUCUCGUAUUAAGGGUGUCACCUUUGAGUACAUAGCCCAGGAUGCUUUCACGAUGCAUACUCGCGGCUAUUCUGAGAGGGACACAGUUAAGCCAGCUGGUUUGCCUGAAUCUGGCGAAUAUAGUUGGAGAGAUGGUGGUGAUGCACAUGUGAAUGAACCUGCUGCUAUUGCAAACCUACAAGAUGCUGUCAGAAACAAGAAUCAAAAGGCAUACUCUGCUUACGCUAAAAAGGAGCACGAGGCCAUUCGUAAUUGCACUUUAAGAGGACUGUUGGACUUUGACUACAAGGAUUCUACCCCUGUUCCUAUAGACCAGGUCGAACCUUGGACCGAGAUUGUACGCCGUUUUGUGACAGGUGCUAUGUCUUAUGGUUCUAUCUCCAUGGAAGCGCACUCUACUCUUGCCGUUGCCAUGAAUAGAUUGGGUGGUAAAUCGAAUACUGGUGAAGGUGGUGAGGAUGUUGAGAGAUCUCGUCCUAAUGCUGCCGGCGAUUCUAUGCGUUCCGCCAUUAAGCAGAUCGCUUCUGGCCGUUUUGGUGUGACCUCAUACUACCUCAGCGAUGCAGAGGAAUUGCAAAUUAAAAUGGCUCAAGGUGCAAAGCCUGGAGAGGGUGGCGAACUUCCUGGUUACAAAGUUAGUAAGUCCAUUGCGAAGACGAGACACUCAACACCCGGCGUCGGUCUUAUCUCUCCUCCUCCGCACCAUGAUAUUUAUUCUAUUGAGGAUUUAAAGCAAUUGAUUUAUGAUUUGAAAUGUGCCAACCCAAGGGCCCGUGUUUCUGUCAAGUUGGUCAGUGAGGUCGGCGUUGGUAUUAUUGCCUCAGGGGUUGCCAAGGCUAAGGCGGAUCACAUUCUAAUAUCCGGUCACGACGGUGGUACCGGUGCUGCUCGUUGGACCGGCAUUAAACACGCUGGUUUACCAUGGGAGUUGGGUCUUGCUGAGACACAUCAAACUCUUGUGUUGAAUGAUUUACGUGGUAGAGUGGUUAUCCAAGCGGACGGUCAAAUGAAAACAGGCCGGGAUAUUGCUGUUGCUUGUCUUCUCGGUGCCGAGGAAUGGGGUUUUGCUACUGCUCCUCUUAUUGCCCUGGGUUGUGUUUACAAUCGUAAGUGUCACGCAAAUACAUGUCCCGUUGGUAUUGCAACUCAGGAUCCAAAGCUUAGAGCUCAUUUCAAGGGUACUCCGGAGCAUGUGAUUAACUUUUUCUACUAUUUGGCAAAUGAGAUGAGAACGACCAUGGCCAAACUUGGCUUCAGAACUGUCGACGAGAUGGUGGGUCGUGCAGAUAAGUUGGUUGUUCGUGACGAUCUCCGUACUACAAAGAAUGCCAAUAUUGAUCUUUCUCCUAUUCUUACUCCGGCUCACCAGAUUCGUCCUGGUGUUGCAACUCGUUGCGUUAAAAAGCAGGAUCAUCGUUUGCACGUCAGACUUGACAACAAGCUUAUUGACGAGGCCGAGAUCACUUUGGAUAAAGGUCUUCCAGUUACUGUUGAAGCUCAGGCCAUGAACACCGACAGAGCAAUUGGUACGACACUUUCUUACCGGUGCUCGAAAAAGUUUGGCCCCAAAUCUCUACCACAUGAUACUAUUCAUGUGAAUAUCACCGGUUCCGCCGGUCAGUCGUUCGGUGCUUUCUUGGCUGCUGGUAUUACCUUGGAGUUAGAGGGUGAUAGCAAUGAUUACGUUGGUAAAGGUUUGUCUGGAGGAAGGUUGAUCAUUUAUCCACCAAAGGACUCACCCUUCAAGGCCGAGGAGAAUAUAAUUAUCGGUAACACUUGUCUCUACGGUGCUACCAGCGGUACUGCUUUCAUCAGAGGUAUUGCUGCUGAGAGAUUUGCGGUUAGAAAUUCCGGUGCCACUGCUGUUGUUGAAGGUACCGGUGACCACGGUUGUGAGUACAUGACUGGUGGCAGAGUUGUUGUUUUGGGCUCGGUUGGCCGUAAUUUUGCUGCUGGAAUGUCCGGUGGUAUUGCGUAUGUCCUCGAUAUGGCUCAGGACUUUGAAGAGAAGGUUAAUCGUGAACUUGUUGGUCUUGAAAGUCUUACUGACCCUGCUGAAAUCGCUUUUCUCAGGGCAUUGCUUGAGGAUCACAGGCAUUACACUGGCUCCGAGAUUGCCGAUAGAAUAUUGAAUGACUUCAACAGAUUCCUAAAAAAAUUUGUCAAGGUUAUUCCUUAUGAGUAUCAACACGUUUUGGAUGCUGAGGCCAAAAAGCAGGCCGAAUUGGGAGAGAAGGAAGCUUCUAGUUUGUUCAACACUGUUAAGGAUGAUCCAGAAGCAGAUGUCACAGGUGGUGAAUUUAGUAAGCCCACUGUCCUGGAAAGAGUCAAGAAAUCGGAACCAAAGGUCGCCGAUCUUGAAGAUGUUGCCGGUAGCAGCACAAAGGCUUCAGAAAAGCUUGUGAAGCUCGGUGGAUUUAUGCGUUAUAAGCGUCGUAACGAGAAGCACCGGCCACCGAAAUCUCGUAUCAAUGACUGGAAGGAGAUGACUACUCGACUUUCAGAGAAGGAGCUUCAAUUCCAGACUGCUCGUUGUAUUGAUUGUGGUAUUCCAUUCUGUCAGUCUGACACUGGUUGUCCAGUUUCCAAUAUUAUUCCGAAGUGGAAUGAGAUGGUUUUCAAAGGUCUUUGGAAAGAUGCGUUGAAACGUUUACUUAUGACCAACAACUUCCCAGAGUUCACUGGUCGUGUUUGUCCUGCUCCUUGUGAGGGUGCUUGCGUAGUCAAUGUCAGUGGUAAUCCAGCAGUUGGUAUCAAGUCCAUAGAGGCUGGUAUCAUUGAUCAUGCUUUUAAGGAGGGAUGGAUUGUUCCUGAUCCUCCAAAGUUCAGAACUGGCAAGCAUAUAGCUGUGGUCGGUUCUGGACCCGCCGGCCUGGCCUGUGCUGAUCAGCUUAACAAGGCUGGACAUUUGGUAACUGUCUACGAGAGAGCAAACAGACCCGGUGGUCUCCUCAUGUAUGGUAUUCCCAACAUGAAGCUUGACAAGGGCGUUGUUAAGCGUAGAACGGAUUUGAUGGAGGCUGAAGGCGUUGAAUUUGUCUGUAGCUGUUCUGUUGGAGAAGAUAUUACGGUUGAAGAAUUGGAAGUUGAAAAUGAUGCUGUGGUCUUCGCUGUUGGUUCAACAAUUCCCCGCGACUUGAAGAUACCGGGAAGGGACUUGAAGAACAUUCACUUUGCUCUAGAGCUCUUGAAGCCAAACACAGAAGCUUUGCUUGAUGGAGAUCUCGAGGAGAUCAGAAAGCGAGUUGCCGGCAAAGAUGUAGUCGUCAUUGGUGGUGGUGAUACAGGUAAUGAUUGCCUUGGUACGUCCACUCGUCACGGAGCCAACUCUGUGACAAACUUUGAGUUACUUCCAAAGCCACCUAAGGAAAGAGCCCGUGACAAUCCAUGGCCUCAAUGGCCUCGUAUUUUCCGUGUGGAUUAUGGACAUACUGAGGUUAAAGAACAUUAUGGUAAGGAUCCAAGAGAGUAUUGCGUUCUUUCGAAGGAGUUCGUUGGAGACGAGGAUGGAAAUGUGAAGGGUAUCAACACUGUCCGUGUUGAGUGGAAGAGAUCAGAUUCUGGGGCCUGGCAAAUGGCCGAGAUCCCAGGCUCUGAGCAAUUUUUCCCUGCCCAGCUUGUACUACUCUCUAUGGGAUUCGUUGGACCUGAAGCUGAUAAAUUCAAGGUUGCUACGACCAAGCGUGGUACUAUUGUUACAGCACAAUCAGGCUCUUACAAGGUGGACGCAAGUUCGAAAUUGUUUGCCGCAGGAGACUGCAGAAGAGGCCAAUCGUUGGUUGUUUGGGGUAUACAAGAAGGCAGACAAUGUGCCCGUGAAAUUGAUGUGAUGUUAAUGUCAAAGACGGCACUUCCGGGUAACGGAUCGAUUGAGAAGAGAGACUACAAGAUGUUGGAGGAGCUAGCAGCCAAAGUGUAG